AAUAUCAUAUCAUAAAAAAAAAAAAAAAAAAAAAAAAAGGAGAUGGAGCAAAUCAAAUUAGGGUGAUCGGAUUUGAUUGGUAGGUACAUAGCUAAAGCCUGAUAUCCAUGGAAGAUUCCAGUAUGAUGGCGUACCCUCAAAAGUUGAUGACACUUGUCUUGAUCACCUUCACCUUCACCUUCACCUUCAUCUCCACCUCAUCCUCUCAAUCAAUACUAGACCUUGUUGCCCUGAAUCGUGUCUUCACCCACCGCAAGAUUAUUCCCAAAGACAACAACAAGAAUGCUAUGUACUGUGAGAGCUGGCGAUUCACUGUGGAGACUAAUGACGCUGGUCUCUGGGCUUGUAUCCCUGAAAAGUGCGUUUCCUUCGUUCAGGAUUACAUGACUGCAGGUCGUUAUUCUUCUGAUUUAACUGCUGUGGCUCAUCAGUCACUUGCCUUUGCUAAUACAGUUAGGGUUGCCAAUGAUAGAAUGGACGGUUGGAUCUUCGAUGUUGAUGAAACGCUCUUGUCUAAUUUGCCUUACUAUGUUAACCAUGGCUUUGGAUCGCAGAUCUUUGAUGAAGUCGCCUUUGACAAAUGGGUGAAUGAAGCUGAAGCUCCUGCUAUACCUGCAAGUUUAAAGCUGUACAAGGAGCUACAGCAGCGAGGAUUUAAGAUAUUCUUGUUGACUGGUCGGAGUGAAUUUCAAAGGAAUGAUACAGUAAAGAAUCUGGUGUAUGCUGGAUACAGCAAUUGGGAAAGGCUUAUUUUGAGGGGACCUUCUGAUAAGGGUAAGCCGGCAACCCAGUUCAAAUCUGAGAAAAGAAAGGAGUUAGAAGAUGAAGGUUACAGGAUUCAUGGGAGCUCUGGAGAUCAGUGGAGUGACUUGAUGGGUUUUGCUGUAGCACAUAGGUCUUUUAAACUUCCAAAUCCCAUGUACUAUAUUGCGUGAUACUAGAGUAGUCUGAAAAGUGUAUGGUGUUCUUUGACAAUUGACGUUGCAAUUCUCUGCUACUACUGAACUUGUGUAUGACAUUAUUCUAACACAUUUCGCAAGAUGUGGACGAGGGCCUAGUUCAAUUGGUA